UUUUCAGGUGCUGGAUUUGGUCAUCUAUCAGACUCUAAACUGGGAAGAAAAGGUUCCUUAACAGCAGUUUGCAUCUUAAAUGCUAUAUUUGGUUGCCUUACAUCAUUAGCCCCAAACUACGUUACGUAUCUCCUACUCCGGUUCUUAACUGGAUUCAGCACUGGAGGCGUUGGCCUAUGUGCCUUUGUCCUUGCUACCGAACCUGUUGGUCCGUCGAAACGCGGCAUUGCUGGAAUGUCGACGUUCUAUAACUUUUCGGGAGGAAUCGCAUUACUCUCGGGCAUAGCUUACGUUUUCCCUACAUGGCGUGCUCUUUAUGUUGCAUCCUCUAUUCCCUCUGUUCUGUUCCUUGUCCUGGUGAUUCCUUUCAUCUCUGAAUCCCCUCGGUGGUAUCUCGUUCACGGGAGAACGAACAAAGCGAUGAAAAUUAUGCGUACCAUAGCCAAGUCCAAUGGACAUCACCUUCUUGAUGGGGUCACCAUUGCACUGGAUGAUGAAGCUAAUGACACUUCAAGUGGGAAUCAAAGUUGGAAAUCAGCAACAGUAGAAAAAGAAACAAUCAGUGGUUCUGUUAUAGAUGUGGUCCAAUCACCGAUCACUCGCAUUCGACUCUUCCUAGCAUUGGGAAUCAACUUCACCUGCUCUGUUGUGUACUACGGCCUUAGCUUAAAUGUUGUCAACCUCGGGACAAACCUUUACCUCACUGUCCUCGUCAAUGUCGUUGCCGAAAUGCCAGCAUUCGCCAUAACAGCGGUUCUACUCGACAGAUUCGGAAGGAAGCCAUUGGCAAUCGGGACAAAAUGGUUUAGUGCAAUGUUUUGCUUCAUGGGGAGCAUGAUGGGGAAUGUAGGAAUAUGGAAAGUAACAAGAGUGUGUAGUGGGAUUCUCGGGAUAUUCGGCAUGGCCGGGACUUACAAUUUGUUGUUCAUCUACACGCCCGAGCUCUUCCCUACGGUGGUGAGAAACGUGGCACUGGGAUGCGCAAUUCAGGCAGCACAAAUUGGAGCUAUAUUGGAACCGUUUGUGGUGGUUUUGGGUGGCGGUUUUCCAUUCAUGGCGUUUGGGGUAUGUGGAUUGAUUGGAGGAAUGGUUGCAUAUUACUUGCCAGAGACACUAAACAAGCCAUUGUAUGACACAAUGACAGGAUUGGAAGAGGGGGAAAUUGCUUGAAACUUGAAA